UUGGGCCCUCAGCAAUUUGCUGCUGUACUUCGGCGCCCUCCUCCGCUCUCAACCAAAAGAAGGGAAAAGAAGAGUCAAUUUCUAGGGUUGCAUAAUCUACUUUGUACGAUCGUUACGUAGAAGAAGUUGAAGGUGGUUACCGAGAAGAUGGGUGGUGGUAAUGGUCAAAAAGCCAAAAUGGCUCGUGAAAAGAAUUUGGAGAAGUCGAAAGCUCCAAAAGGAAGCCAGCUUGAAUCCAACAAAAAGGCCAUGAAUAUUCAGUGCAAGGUUUGUAUGCAGACAUUCAUGUGCACCACUUCAGAGGUGAAAUGCAGGGAACAUGCUGAGGCAAAGCAUCCAAAAUCUGAUGUCUAUGCCUGUUUCCCUCAUCUUAAGAAGUGAGAUUAUUCAAGGAACAUAAAAUCCUUCAGAAAGGAGUGUUGUAUUACUGGUUCUUGUGAGGAUUUAGUGUUGCAGACGUUAAUUUUAUAGAAUGAAUUUGUGGAUUAUUGUGUUACUUUGAAAGAUGUGAAUGUGCUUGUGCUUCUUUCCCAGACUCGUGUAUUUUGAAAGAUCUUAUAGAUUUACAUUUGCCUUUUGUGUAACAAUGUAUGGUAUUUCUCUCUUCUA